UGAGAAUUUACCCAUGGUUGGUUUUCUAUCGUUCGUCUUAUCCUCCGAGCAGAUUAACCCAUCUGAGAUAAAGUCUCCAGCAUGCAACAAGUAGCACCUAUGUGCGGCGGAGAGCCGAAUCCGGUGCACAGUACCGGCCUGUGCCUGCUGUCCCUUGACGGCGGCGGCGUGCGCGGGCUGUCAACUCUCUACAUCCUCAAAGGCUUGAUGGAUCGCCUGAACCUGAAACGGGCCGACGGCUCUCCACCGAAAAAGCCAUGCGAGGUCUUUGACCUGAUCGGAGGCACCAGCACAGGCGGACUGAUUGCAAUCAUGCUGGGUCGACUGGAGAUGGAUGUCGACGAGUGCAUUGCGGCAUACAUCCAACUGAUGAAAAAGAUCUUUCAGAAGCCGGCCAGAUGGAACCUCGCUGCAAGCAUUUUCGGCAACAUCGAGCCCCGAUUCGAUGCCAGCAAGCUUGAGGAAGCAAUCAAUCAGGUUGUCAGCAGCCAUGGGGCAAACCCAACCGAUCUUUUCAAUAAUCAGACGGGGCGUGGCUGUCGGGUAUUCGUCUGCAGCAUUAGCCAGGAAACCAAGGACAUUGUCCGUCUUCGUAGCUAUCCGAUUCCUGGCAAACAGGAGAUUUCUGCCACAAUCUGCGAGGCUGCCCGUGCCACCUCUGCUGCCACAACCUUCUUCGAUCCAGUCUCGAUCGGAGCUCGGAGAUUCGCGGACGGUGCUCUCGGAGCGAAUAAUCCAGUCAAUGAGGUGGAAGGUGAAGCGAUGAAUAUUUGGUGUUCAGAGAAUGCUGAGCUUAAGCCAAUGGUGAAAUGUUUCAUCUCAAUUGGGACUGGAAACCCCGGGAAGAAAGCUUUGGACGAUAAUCUGCUUAAGUUCUUAUCCAAAUCCCUGCCAGAACUGACUACUCAGACCGAGCGUACUGAGAAAGAAUUCAUCUCAAGAUGGCGACAGCAUUAUGACAGCAAGCGGUACUUUCGGUUCAACGUCGAACAAGGAUUACAGAACGUGGGACUGGCAGAGUACCAGGACCAAGGUCUGAUUGAAGCAGCAACGCAGGAAUACCUUGACCAUCAGACGGUAGACUUUCGGGUGCGGGAUUGUAUUCAGAAUCUGGAGUCAAAGCAGAAUGCAACCCAUCUUGCUUUUGCCGUAGAGAUGCAAAAGUAUCAAGUACAAGAAGUUCUUUGGAUGCAAUGGCGUGACCGUGCCCGCUGGCAGGUGCCAUUUGAGCGCAACCCGCAUUUUACUGGCCGCAGGGAACUGCUUCACAGCCUGAAACAGAGGCUGGAAGAAAAUUCCGACGCAAUAAAACGAAUCGCGAUUAUCGGUCUCGGCGGGAUUGGCAAGACACAGCUUGUGCUAGAGCUAGCUCAUCAGGUCCGAAAACGGUAUGCAGUAUUUUGGAUUCCGGUCAAUAGUCUAGCCAACUUGCAGACAGUAUUUCAGCAAGUUGCGGAGAAGCUACAUCUUCCAGGCUGUACAGACAAAGGCGCCAACACCAUAGAAUUGGUCCAAGCAUUUCUCAGCGAUGAGAGCAUUGGUCAAUGGUUGCUGGUAGUGGACAAUGCAGACGAUAUAGAUCUGUGGACAUCCCCCCUCACCGCUGAAGCAGGCGGUAAGCGAUUGCUGGAUUACAUGCCCCAAAGCAGGCAUGGGGCUAUUAUUUGGACGACGCGUGAUCGCAAGGUGGCCACAACAGUUGCUCGAGAGAAUAUAGUAACGGUACCGGAGAUGGAUGAGUCGGGGGCCUCGGAGAUCAUGCGAAAAUAUCUAAGGGUUUCUCCUUUGACUAAAGAUGAAACUUCUUUGCCGACUCUGCUGCAGAAGCUGACCUAUCUUCCACUGGCAAUUGUUCAAGCCGCGGCAUACAUCACCGAGAUGAAUAUAUCCUUUACAGAGUAUGAGGGACUGUUAUCAGACCAGGAUGAAUAUGUGAUUGAGCUCCUGAGUGAAGAAUUCGAAGAUGGCGGUAGAUAUAACAAUAUUGAGAAUGCAGUGGCAAAGACAUGGCUUAUCUCCUUUGAACAGAUCCGUCGGCGCAGUUCUCUUGCCUUUGAAUAUCUGGCCUUCAUGGCUUGUGUGGACCCGAAGAAUAUCCCUCAAUCACUUUUGCCAGAUUCUGAGGGAUUAUCGCGGAAGAAGAAGACUGACGCGAUCGGGAUCCUGCACGCAUUUUCGUUUAUCGCAAAACGUACAGAUGGAUUAGCAUUUGACAUGCAUCGUCUGGUUCAUCUGGCCACGCGAGGGUGGCUUAGAAGAGGCAAACAACUGCCUGAUUGGGACCGAAACGCAGUACUACGACUCAGUCACUUGUUGUCAGAUGCCAGUGAAACUAAUCGAACAGUUUGGCGGAUAUACAUACCGCAUGCAAAAUACGCUGCGACCAGAGAAGACAACAGCCAUAAGGAUGUUAUCAACCUUGCAGAGAACUGUGGGCUCUGCUUGUAUUACGAUGGACGAUACUUUGAAGCAGAGGAACUGUAUCAAAAGGUUCUUUCUCAUCGGGAGAGAAUGCUGGGCCACGAGCAUCCAGACACACACACCAGCGUCAACAACCUUGGUUGGGUCCUUUUCAACCAGGGCAGAUAUGAAGAGGCAGAAGUCAUGCACCGACGAGCAUUACAAGACCGAGAGAAGAUGCUGGGGCCCGAGCAUCCACACACACUCAUCAGCGUCAGCCAACUUGGUUCAGUUCUUUCCAACCAGGGCAAAUAUGAAGAGGCAGAAGUCAUGCACCGACGAGCAUUACAAGGCCGAGAGAAGGUGCUGGGGCCCGAGCAUCCACACACACUCAUCAGUGUCAGCCACCUUGGUUCAGUUCUUUCCAACCAGGGCAGAUACGAAGAGGCAGAGGCCAUGCACCGACGGGAUCUGGAGGGAUCAGAGAAGCUGCUGGGGCUCGAGCACCCAGACACACUCGCCAGCAUUAAUAAUCUUGGUUCAGUCCUUUUCUGCCAGGGCAGGUAUGAAGAGGCAGAAGCCAUGCACCGACGAGCAUUACAAGGCCGAGAGAAGGUACUGGGGCCCGAGCAUCCACACACACUCACCAGCGUCAGCCAACUUGGUUCAGUCUUUUCCAACCAGGGCAGAUAUGAAGAGGCAGAAGCCAUGCACCGACGAGCAUUACAAGACCGAGAGAAGGUGCUGGGCCUUGCGCAUCCAGACACACUCACCAGCAUCAAGAACCUUGGUUUAGUCCUUUCUAACCAGGGCAAAUAUGAAGAGGCAGAAGCCAUGCACCGACAAGCAUUACAAGGGUGAAAAGGUGCUGGCGCG